GGCUCAAACGGUAGAGGCUUCGCCGCUUUCCAGAGGCUUCGCUGCUUCGCGUUGGCGCCGAAUCUGGUCCAAAAACCACCGGUUCUUCACGCCAUGGCUCGUUCUCCGUUGGCUCCUCUGAUGGUGCUGCUGGCCGCCUGUGUCCUGGUCGCCCAGCUCAGCAGCUCCUUCGUGCCAACACCCCAGGUGGCACAACGCCAAGAGAUGCAGCAGGCCCAAGCUGCGCUCGUGGCAUCGGUGAGAGGCCUGGCCGCUGCUUCGGUGGCUGAGCCCGCGUGGGCCGCACGCGUGGAGGAGGAUGACGAGGGAUUCGAUCUGCGUAUCCUGGCAGUCCUGGCCCUGCCGUUGUUCGCCGUGUCCUGGGCCCUCUUCAACGUGUGGCGUGUGGCCUUCCGUCAGGUGGUGCGCAUCGGCGAGAGUGAGAAGGGCAACCCUCUCUGAGCGCCUUCAGUCGCCACUGCGUGGCUGGAGUCGCCAUGCAGCCGCGUGAUCUCUACACGCCGAGAUUUUUGUCGUUGGUCUCUCCUUGCUGAGGGGGCUCCUUUGCUCGCCCCCUCAGUGAUGUCACGCGAGGUCUUAGCGCCUUUGGAUCGAGUUUCGAAACAUCCUCAGCGAUUUCUACCGGAGCCAUCGCU